CUAUCUGUACUUGUCGGGUUUUUGUUUUGAUUAUAAAUUUUAUCAGGCAUUUUUGCUUGGUCGAUUUUUUUUUCUCCCUACUUCUCAUUUUUAAAUGAGCUCCAGUUGUGUUUUCGUGUAUUUUGCGUGAUUAAAAAAGGAAAUUAUUUUCAAAUUUCAAUUGAUUUUCAUCUAAAUUUGUUCAUUUGUAGUUGGAAAAAGCUUCGGCAGCACAAUGAGUGGAUCACCGGAUGUUGCUACGUUACAAAAACUAGAGAAACAUUUAGCGCUGCUUAAACAAGAAUACACCAAACUACAAAAAGGAUAUGCGGACUUAGAAAGGAAAUACAGUAAAGCGGUUGCCUCAUCCGACUCAGAAUCGGUUGGCGAAUUUAGUAGCUUUGUUUCUCGGCUGGUGUUAACAGUUGCUUCCUUGUAUGGGCGAACGGUAUACUCGGACUUAACUAUUAAAAUGAAUACAAAAGUUAUGCCUGCCCAUAAGUUCGUUCUUCAUGCAAGGUCCGAAGAAUGGCGGGAAGAUGUCUUAUCCGACGUCAACCAAUUAGAUUGGAGUGAUAUGGAUGAGGAAAUAUCAAUAGCGCUAUUACGAUGGAUUUAUACGGAUGUUGUAGAUCUACAACAUGACCGUCUAUCAUUAGGUCUUCUGAAAGCAUCCCACCGCUUUCGUCUUCCUGGUUUAUUGGGAUUGUGCGAAAGAGCCUUGGUGGCAUCAGUGGGUGUUCGUUCCUGUGUACGAUUCUAUUGUGUAGCAGAAGAGGUUGGUGCAGCCAGUCUUCUUGAUUACUGUUCUGGACUAAUUUCUACACAUUGGGAAGAUUUAACUCCUCAAGACUUUGAGCAUAUGUCUGGACCUUUACUUUUUAAAAUGUUAAAGAGCAAAACAAAAUAUCCCCUGCAUGCUGCUAUACGUCUAUUGCGAGAAGAUGUUGUAUUCCUAUGCCUUGUAGAAAAUGAUGGCAAGUUGACGGAGAUAGUUAACAGUAUUGCUGAGCAAGGUCACUUGCCAUUACAAAUGGCACUAAUGAGUAAGAGUUUGCCGAUAGCUCAAACACUCGUGAAGAACGGAGCAGCGAACAUAAACGCCUACGAUGCUGAGGGCUCAACAAUACUUAUUGAUGCAAUUAAAAGGGGCGAUAAGUUCUCAGCCGAGUUCUUGUUGGAAAGAAAUUGUGAUUUGAACCUUGCUUCCAGGUUGACAGCUGAUACAGCUCUACACGUUGUCUGUGCCUACAAUCCAAAAAACACCGACCCAGUAGUGUUUUCCAAUAUGGUUGAUAUUGGGAAAUUAAUAAUUAAUAUGAAACCAGAUGUUAAUAUACAGAAUCGUCUUGGACAGACUCCACUACAUGUUGCUAUUGAUUCAGGAAAUAUUGAAAUGCAAAAUGUUUUAUUACGUGUAAAUAAUAUUGACAUUAACUUGCGAACUAUUGACGAGAGGUGUUGUUUGGAGUCGAGUCUAUCGAACGGAACCGAAUGGGGCAUAGAGUUUGCAAGCAAACUGCUUGAAUUGGGGGCCAGAGCAAAUCCUUUAAAAUCUGAGAGUCAUGAUAAUUUAUUGCAAGUUCUAGCCAAUAAAAGCUUGGAAUGUUCGGCUAUUUUCCUUGCAGACCAUGCUAAUUUAAAUCAUAUUAACCGUCUUGGAUUAACUACCAUGCAUAUAUCAGCUGAAAAAAAUCUAAAAAAACUGACUGAAAAAUUAUUAGAAACUGGGGCUUCGCCAAAUAUUCAAACAAGCGUAGCAGAACUCAAAUCUCCAUUGCAUGUUGCAGUGGAGCACAAUUCUACUGAAUUCAUAGAAGCAUACGUUGAAUUUUCUCUAAAAUAUAACGGGAAUGAGGAGAGCAAAUUUAGCGAUGUUUGUGAAAUGCCUAAUUUUAAUUUAAAAAAUGUAAAUGGAGAUUCUCCCUUAAGUUUGAGUCUACUUUUAAAUCGUAGAGAAUUGGUUCCCUUAUUAAUUAAAGGAGGCGCAGAUGUAAAUGCUCGCAACGGACAAGAUAUGACAUUGUUACACCAGGCUAUUUUAAAUCAUGACUCAGAUAUCGCAGUGUUUUUAUUGCAACAAGGGGCGGAUAUGAAUGCAUUGACUGGAGAGCAAGAAUCACCGUUGCAAUUGGCAAUACAUUGUCGUUUGCCCCAAGUUGUCGAUGCGUUAUGUACGCGAGGUGUGGCUCUUAGUGCACCAAAUAACAAGGGAGACCCUCCGUUGUGGACGGCCUUAGAACUGGAAUACGAAGAUGUCGCACAAGUGUUAGUUCGACAUGGAGUUGAUACAGAUUGCUGGGGUCCUGGCCCCGAUGGAUGUCAGCAGACUUUAUUGCAUAGAGCUAUAGACGAAAAUAAAGAAUCUAUUGCAAUAUUUCUUAUCCACAGUCAAUGCGAUCUUGAUUCACCCAGACAACCAGGACCUAAAGGAGAAGGAGGGGACGAGGCAACAGAUAAGGCUUCGCCUUUACACUUGUGCGCGCAAUGGGGUCUUGUUAAGGUUCUUCAAAACCUGAUCGACCAUGGCGCAAAUGUAAAUUCUUUGGAUGCAGAAAAUAAAACGCCACUACAUGUUGCCAUAGAGAACCAACACGAAAAAAUUAUAUCAAUUCUUCUUUGCCACCCCGGAAUCGAUUUGAAAAUUCGUGAUAAAUGUGGUAAUACACCGUUCGCUACAGCUUUAACGAUACGAAACCACAGAGCAGCACAACGGAUUUUAGAUCGCUUACCAAAUGCAGCUGAACAAAUGGACUCCAGAGGACGAAAUUUUCUUCAUUUAGCUAUAAUGAAGGAUGAUUUGGAAAGUGUUCUGUUUUUACUCGCCAUACAAGUGGACGUAAACUCCAGAGUGCACGAUGCGAAUCAGUCUACGCCUUUACAUUUGGCGGCUACCUCUCGCAAUGAAAUGAUAACAAGAAACUUGAUAUUGGCUGAAGCUCGCGUAAAUGAAAGAGAUGCUAUGCAAAAGACGCCAUUGCAUAUUGCGGCAGAACGUUGCAAUCUUGCGGCUGUUUCGGCGCUUUUACAAAAUGGAGCAGACUUUGACGCAGUCGACGGAGAAGGCAACAAUGCCUUACAUAUUGCAGUUCGUUGUGGUCACCUGAGUGUCGUUCGUGAGCUCUUAAUAGAAUCCAGUGUCAAUGCGGAAACCAUAAACAAUAAGGGCCGAAAUCCCCUUCACGAACUUUGCCGAACAGGGGAAGAUAAUAAUGCUGCAGCCAUUUGUGAUCUUUUCAUUGAGUGCAUGCCUAAAUAUCCCAUAAAUGCACCGGACAUGGAUGGAAACACUCCCUUAUUGCUCGCAUUUAUGCGUGGUCAAGCUCCUCUCUGUAAAGUACUAGUGAAAAACGGAGCUUGUCUAGGAACCGAGAAUCGUGAAGGUAUCAGCAUAUUCAACUUUAAACUAGCAACUGACCAACUUUUACACAAACUUCUUGACCAAUUACCGCAAGAGUCCCCUUGGUCGGAAUCCGAUCUAUGCCAAGAAUGUAAUACUAAAUUUUCCCUUACAAUGAGAAAGCACCAUUGUCGACACUGUGGACGAGUUGUAUGCUCAAAAUGUUCUAAUAACGAUGUCCCCAUUUUGAAGUUUGGCAUUAAUAAACCAGUACGUGUAUGUGGAGUAUGUUUUGAUGUAUUGCAAGGAGUGAAUGGAAACCUGCCGUAGACAAGAAUUCAUAUCAUACUCUAUGCAUGGAAAAGAGAGAACAUUUAUUGAUGCAACGUUGCGCUCAAAUAAUAUUUGCUCGCAGUUCAUUCCUCUUUGAAUAUAGGCAUUUGUAAUGUUGCAUAAUUUUAAGAUAAACAAUUUUAAACCAGCCGUCGGAUAUACUUUAAUCGUACUUGUUAUGCCUUUAUAUUAUAUAUAUCGCAAAUAAAUAAACAUAUUGUUUUUUUA